AUGAAAAGCAUAUAUGUUUUGCUCCCUCUGUUACUUUUUUCUUCAUUAUUAAUUAUUUCAAAGUCAGAGGGGAACAUUUUGCAAUGGUGCAUAGCAGAUGGGCAAAUGCCAGAUGAUGUAUUGCAAAGGGCUCUUGAUUGGGCUUGUGGACAUGGUGCAAAUUGUACAAAGAUCCAGCCCAAUCAAAUAUGUUUCUUGCCCAAUACUGUUAGGGCACAUGCUUCAUAUGCCUUCAACAGCUUUCACCAAAGGCUAAAGCACCAAGAUCACAAUAGUUGUUAUUUCAAUUCUGCUGCCUUCAUUACUGAAACCAAUCCAAGUUAUGGUUCAUGCAAAUAUGAAGUUCUUCCUUAA